GAUGGCUGCAGAGAGGAUUUUCAGGCCAGGGUCUGAAAACACAGCUCUGUUUGUCAUGUUUCGAGACGGCUAGCAUCCUUGUCAUUCUCUAAGGAUUUGAAGAGGGGUUUAACAUGGGGUCUCAAACUCUCCAGAUACUAAGGCAGGGGGUCUGGGCUUCCAUCACAGGCGGAUGGUAUUACGACCCCCAUCAAAAUACAUUUGUUAAUGCCUUACACCUCUACAUAUGGCUCUUCCUACUGUGUUUCCCCUUCACGCUUUAUAUGGCCCUCCCUCCUACAAUGGUGAUCGUGGGGAUCUACUGCGGGGUGAUCGCUGGAAUGUUCAUCCUGCUGAAGGCGGUGAACUACAGGCUCCACCACGCGCUGGAUGAGGGUGAGGUCGUGGAGCGGCGGGCCAAGGGAACGGAGGGCAGAGGAGGAGGCACAGAGGGGGCAAACGAUGGCAGCGCCACCCGUCAGGAGGACAGCAACGGCCCUGGGGAUCCUGGAGGGGGCAUUGAGAUGGCGGACUUUGUCCGAGAGGAGACACCGCCAGUUGAUUGCAGCUCCAGGAACUCCUAUGCUGGAAUGGACUCAAACCACCAGAUUGCAUCCACUCAUGGGGGAACAGCCACAGCCAAAGCAGGAGAUGUGGGGAAAACCUCAGAUGACAUCAGUCUGAGCCUGGCUCAGAGCUGCAGUCAGGACCAAGAUUUGAUGUCAGACCCAAAGAUGUACUGCCUCGUUUCCAAUGACUCCUUCGCUUCCAUGCAACCCUCCACCUCUCUGGGCCCUCAGGAUCUCUAUGGCUCUGCCACCCACCCCUUCAGCCAGUCCCUGUCCUCCUGUGAUACAGAGGUCUCUGCCCACCCCCCAGCACAUUCCCAGUCUUUCCGGAAGGAGGCACGACCUCGCGGCCUACCACGCACCUCCAGCUCAGCUGGUUCUGCCUUUCCCGACCCCUCCAUGCCAGACUUCAAUCUGUACGCUGCUCCCCGCAGGGGGGGCCUGGAUCCUGUUUGUGAACUGGAGGCAUCACGACCCCUUAGGACCCAGGAGCAGGAUUCAGCCGUGCCCUCCACCUCGGGAGCUGAAUGCUGCCGACAUCACCAUCAUCAUCAGCAACAGCAGCAGCAGCAGCAGGACCCGCAGCGUCUUACCCGCUCAGCUUCGCGAGAGGCUGGGGAGGGGAGCUCCGGACUGUACCAAGGUCAACAGGGCAGCGGGGGAGGAGUGCCUUGCGGGGAGAAGGCUCUGGGCGGCAAGAGAAGCGCGGACAGCCUGCGCAGUCUGAGCACACGCAGCAGCGGCUCCACGGAGAGCUACUGCAGCGGCACGGACCGUGACAGCAACAGCACGGUCAGCAGCCUACACAGCGAGCAGACCAGCUCCACGCAUGUGGAGAGCCUGCUCUCGCUGUCGGGGGAUGAGCGGGGUGGCCGUGAGCAAGGGGAUGCUAACGGUAACCCUGCCCUUGCUCCCGUAGAUCCCCAGGGCGGCGCCCGUACCCCCAGCAGCCUUGCUUCCGGGGAAGCCAACAAAAAUCCCCAUGCCAAUGAACUCACAACCAAACCACCAGCCGGCACCUUGCCCUUACCUGCGCAGGACAGCACCGAGCCUGGAGGUCUGGUUCAGGAUGACUUGGGGUCAAGGACUAGUGCAGACGGCUCUGCCGCGGCUGGAUCCUCCACCAGCCACCAGCAGGAGCCGGACAAGGUUGAUGCAUCUUUGGCCAGACCAACCAAUCAGGUGCACCGGACGUCCUCAUCUUCUGCCCCUUCUCGCAGCGGGAAACGACGGACAGGCAAGAAGCGGGCGAGUAGCUUCGAUGCUAGCCGGCACAGAGACUAUAUAUGCUUGCGAGGCAUGGCUAAGCCGCGGAGUGCCGUGUUUGUGGACGGGGGCAGGAGUGGAGGGGGGAGCAAACCGGGGGAGGAGGACUCAAGCGACCAGAGCGAGCUGAGUUGCGCCUCCAGCCUGCACUCCGCCCACCAGCUCAGCACGGACAGCUCCUCCAGCACCACCUCGCACUCCUGCCACUCGCCUGAAAGUCGAUACGCAGUGCUGCGUGCCAAGCACAAUGCCACUAAAGCUCAUCAACAUGCCACGGCCGGCGAGAGGGAAAGGGAGAGGGGCAAACGCCGGGCAUCCCGCCGCACACCCAGCACAGGCAGUGCCAAGACCCACGCUCGUGUUCUGAGCCUUGACAGUGGCACCGCCGCCUGCCUUAAUGACCCUUACCAUCUAGGGGCGCCAACCGGGCCCCGGCCUCUCACCACCUCCAAGUCGGACCUGGAGGCCAAAGAGGGGGAGGUUCUAGAUGCUGCGUCGCUUCUCGGCCGGGCCUCCCAGCUGGAGUCAGUCACGCGCUCUAGGAACAGCCUACCCUGUCCAGCAGUCUUCACUGAAGGACAGGAGCCUACAGCAACUUCCUCUAGAGCCUCUGGGAACGAGGAAACGGUAACGUUUCGACGUGAGCGUAGCACAUUCCGCCGCCAGGCAGUACGCCGGCGACACAACGCCGGGAGUAACCCCACGCCCCCCACCUCCCUCAUCGGAUCCCCUCUCAGUCUUCAGGAGGCCCUUAGCCAGGCUUCCCAGCCAUCUACUUCCCAGGUGAAAGGUCAGCCAUCCCGAACCCCUUCCCAGGUGACUGUAUUAAGUGCGAGUGCCUCCCUGCUGGCCAGGAAUGGAAGCGCACCCCUGGAGGGCUCUCAGGACAAAGCCUCCACCGUGGGUACCACCAGCCUACAGGAUGACUUCGGCAAGCUCACACCCCCACUGUAUGAAGCAGGAGGAUAUGAGAUGUCCUUGGUCAACUUCGAACCUGCAACCAGAAGGGCCUCCAAUAAUAUAUGGGACACAGACUCUCACCUCUCUAGUUCUACCUCAGUUCGUUUCUAUCCUCAUGACCUGUUCUCUUUCCCUCAGAUCCGUCUGAAUCGUCUUCUUACUAUGGACCCAGAGCUGCUGGAGCAGCAGGAUGGGGACCUGAGUCCAGAGCUCCAGGAGGCCCCUCUUGGCUCCGAGGAUGCUGCUGCUCUAGCACGCAAGGCCAAACAGUACUACCGCUUCUGGCUGCUCCCAUACCUGUGGGUCGGCCUGCAUUUCGACAGACUGACCCUACUCGCCCUCUUUGACAGGAACCGAGAGGUUUUGGAGAAUGUCCUCUCUGUGGUUCUGGCAGUUCUAGUGGCCUUUCUGGGAUCUGUGCUGCUCAUCAAUGGCUUUUUCACAGACAUUUGGGUCUUUCAAUUCUGCUUAGUCAUCGCUAGCUGCCAGUAUUCGCUGCUGAAGAGUGUGCAACCAGACUCUUCUUCUCCUCGACAUGGUCAUAAUCGGAUCAUAGCUUACAGCAGGCCGGUGUAUUUCUGUCUGUGCUGUGGACUCAUUUGGCUGCUGCACUAUGGCAGCGUGAGCUCCAGUCCCUCACGUGUCACGCUCUACGGCGUCGCCCUCACCAGCUCUCUGCUGCUCACUUCCGCCAGAGACCUUGUCAUCGUAUUCACUCUCUGCUUCCCCAUUAUCUUCUUCGUGGGGCUUCUCCCUCAGGUCAACACCUUUGUCAUGUACUUGUUUGAGCAACUUGACAUCCAUCUCUUUGGAGGGACAGCCUCCACCAGCUUGCCCUCAGCUCUGUACAGCGUCCUGCGUAGUCUCGUUACCGUGGCAAUGCUCUACGGACUCUGCUACGGUGCCCUGAAGGAGUCAUGGGAUGCUCAGCAUAUUCCUGUACUGUUCUCUGUCUUCUGUGGUCUGCUGGUCGCCGUGUCCUAUCACCUGAGUCGACAAAGCAGCGACCCCUCAGUCCUCAUAUCCUUGAUACAGUCAAAAGUUUUUCCAAACGUGAAGGACAAAAACCCAGAGGAUUCCCUGUCCGAAGUGCAAGACCCUCUUCCAGAGAAACUGAGGAACUCUGUGAAUGAGAGACUGCAGUCAGACCUGAUUGUCUGUGUGGUCAUCGCUGUUCUCUAUUUCGCCAUUCACGUCAGCACGGUCUUCAUUGCUCUGCAGCCUUUCCUGAGUUAUGUACUAUAUGCGUUGGUGGGAGCAGUUGGUUUACUCACCCACUAUCUGUUGCCCCAGUUGCGUAAACAGCUGCCCUGGUACUGCUUUUCCCACCCUUUGCUCAAAACCAAAGAGUACUACCAGUUUGAGGUCAGAGAGGCGGCUCAUGUGAUGUGGUUUGAGCGUGUACACGUGUGGCUGCUGUUUGUGGAGAAGAACGUGCUGUACCCGCUGGUCAUCCUUAACGAAGUCAGCGGCAGCGCCCAGGAACUGGCCAGUCCACACAAACUCAACACAGAGGUUGGAGCAUUGAUAAUAACUAUAGCUGGACUCAAACUCCUGCGGUCGUCCUUCAGUAGCCCCACGUACCAGUAUGUGACUGUUCUCUUCACUGUCUUCUUCUUUACGUUUGACUACCACCACCUGUCAGAGACCCUGCUGCUCGACCUCUUCCUCAUGUCCAUCGUCUUCAGCAAGAUGUGGGAGCUCUUCUAUAAGCUGCAUUUUGUCUACACCUACAUCGCUCCGUGGCAGAUCACCUGGGGUUCGGCUUUCCACGCCUUCGCCCAGCCCUUCGCCGUGCCUCAUUCUGCCAUGUUGUUUGUCCAGGCUGUGGUGUCAGCCAUUUUCUCUACACCUCUCAACCCUUUCCUUGGCAGUGCCAUCUUCAUCACCUCGUACGCCAGGCCCGUCAAGUUCUGGGAGAGAGACUACAACACUAAACGUGUGGACCACUCAAAUACCAGACUGGCCUCUCAACUGGACAGAAACCCAGGGUCUGACGACAACAACUUGAACUCUAUCUUCUACGAACACCUGACGCGCUCUCUCCAGCACUCUCUGUGUGGGGACCUGCUGCUGGGCCGCUGGGGAAACUACGGCACGGGGGACUGCUUCAUCCUGGCCUCCGACUACCUCAACGCCCUGGUCCACCUGGUGGAGAUCGGCAACGGACUCGUCACCUUUCAGCUCCGCGGCCUGGAGUUCAGGGGUACGUACUGUCAGCAGCGGGAGGUGGAGGCCAUAACUGAGGGGGUGGAGGAAGAUGAAGGCUGCUGUUGCUGUGAACCAGGUCACCUCCCUCACGUCCUGUCCUUUAACGCGGCGUUCGGCCAGCGCUGGUUGGCCUGGGAGGUGCUGGUGACUAAGUACGUGCUAGAGGGCUACAGCAUCACGGAUAACAGCGCGGCCUCAAUGCUGCAGGUCUUUGACCUGCGUCGCAUCCUCACCACUUACUACGUUAAGGGUAUAAUCUACUAUGUGGUGGCAUCUCCUAAGCUGCAGGAGUGGUUGGCCAAUGAGGCCAUGCAGGAGGGUCUGCGGAGCUGUGGCGAGAGGAACUACGUUGACCUGGACCCUACAUUUAACCCCAAUAUUGACGAGGAUUACGACCACAGACUGGCUGGCAUCUCUAAGGACAGUUUCUGUGCCGUCUACCUCAGCUGGAUCCAGUACUGCAACUCCAGGAGGGCCAAGCCAUUGGACUGUGAGAAAGAUUCGCCAUUGGUAUUGCUGUGUUACGGACUGUGUGUUUUGGGCAGGAGGGCGCUAGGAACUGCAGCACAUCACAUGUCCAGUAACCUGGAGUCGUUCCUGUAUGGGCUGCAUGCGCUGUUUAAGGGGGAUUUCAGGAUCUCCUCUGUGAGGGACGAGUGGAUCUUUGCAGAUAUGGAACUGCUGAGAAAAGUCGUCGUGCCUGGAAUCCGAAUGUCCUUAAAACUCCACCAGGAUCACUUCACCUCUCCAGACGAGUACGAGGAGCCAGCAGUUCUGUUUGAGGCCAUAGCGUCGCACGAGCAGAACCUGGUGAUCGCCCACGAGGGUGACCCGGCGUGGCGUAGUGCCGUUCUGUCCAACUCCCCCUCCCUGCUGGCACUGCGGCACGUUCUGGACGAGGGCACCAACGAGUACAAGAUCAUCAUGCUCAAUCGCCGCUACCUGAGCUUCAGAGUCAUUAAGGUGAAUAAGGAGUGUGUGCGUGGGCUGUGGGCAGGGCAGCAACAGGAGCUGGUUUUCCUGCGGAACAGAAACCCCGAACGCGGCAGCAUACAGAACGCCAAGCAGGCGCUGCGGAACAUGAUCAACUCCUCGUGUGAUCAGCCAAUCGGAUAUCCCAUUUAUGUGUCGCCCCUGACGACGUCCUAUUGCAACUCGCACGCUCAGCUCAGACACAUUCUAGGCGGCCCAAUCAGCAUCGGCAACAUCCGAAACUUCAUCGUUAGCACUUGGCACAGACUUCGUAAGGGUUGUGGAGCAGGCUGUAACAGUGGCGGGAAUAUCGAGGAUUCGGAUGCAGGAGGUCUGUCUUGCGCCAGUGGGAAUGGGACGGGCGUCAGUGACUCGCAGCAAAGCUCCGUCUCACAGGGUGGAGUAUCUGGUCCCAACGCGCCUCACUCCUACCAGCCCCACUCUCUAGGUACCAGUCAGAGCUCUCAGUCCGUUCAGUCUGGACUGGUGCGUCACUCUCCGGCCCGGGCCUCAGUGGCCAGUCAGUCGUCAUCAUACCGCUACAGCAGCAGCCGCCACUCAUCCCUGCGCACCUCAACCACGGGCCUGGAGCCCUGUCGCCGAUCCUCCACCAGCCAGCUGUCGCUGCGCACGCUGCCCACGUCCCUGCAGCUACGCCUGGGCUCAGGACCCAGCCCUGCCCCUGACCCUGCAGGACCCUCCAGCUCCCUCUCCAGUCACAGCAUCCCGCCCUGCAAACGUCACACCCUGGUGGGGUUGCUCGGUAACGACGGGCUAGGAGUGGGGAUGGGGGCGGUGACAGGGGUGGAGUCUCAACACUUUCAGCAUUAUCAUCAUCACCACCCCGCUGCCUCACUGUCUUGUGUGAGGAGAGACGACAUCUCUUACAGAGUACAGAUAGUGGAUGUGAAUCAGGUCCUGGAGGUCAUUAACCUGUCUAAGAGGAAAGAGCUGCAGUGGCCGGACGAGUCCAUCAGACUGAGAGCCGGACGCAGCUGGUGGAGGGAGUGGAGCCCCCAGGAGGGCAUGGAAGGACAUGUUAUUCACCGGUGGGUGCCUUGUAGUCGGGAUCCAGCCAGCCGUUCCCACGUGGACAAAACCAUCCUGCUGGUCCAGGUGGAGGAUAAGCUGGUGCCCAUUAUUGAGACGGGGGUCAUUGAGCUGGGGGCAGAGGUGUGACACAACACCUCCCCCCCGCCCCGCCCACGUCGCGGAGACAGCCUACCAGUGGAAAGGCUGACGCCCCUCUGCGUCUCAGACCCCACCCCCCUUUCCAGAGAGCUACAGGGGGCACAGGAAGCCAGGGAUACGUGCAAAUAGAGGCAGACCAUGCACACGCAAGAAUACAAGCACACACACACACACAUUCACAUACUCAGACAGAAUAUCUGCCUUUGCUUCGCAUCACUCAAAUAUGCUGCAUGACAGACUGGACUCCCGUUGAAAUCUGCUCCUUUUUAUUUCUGUCGGGUGAAUGCUGAUCUUUCUUUACUCUUUUUUUUUUUUUGUUUGUUUGUUUCUAUGCAUCUCAUAAUGACUUUGUCAUGAACAGUACAUGUAUACUGACACAAGACAGGUACAAACUGACAUAGACUGGACUGUUUUAUCUCAGCCUCAGAGACACAGAGAUGGAGGAAACUCAAAGUUUGUGCUUUUUUUUGCUUCUUUUUUUUUAAACAAGUGUUUUUAUUUUAUUUAUUUCUUAUCCAGAUCUUUUGCCAAAAAUCUCCUGGUGCACUUGAAUGCCCAGGCUUUCCUACACAUGUGAAGAAGCAUGUGAGAGUUAAGUUAUGUUUUUUGCUGCCAAGACUUUACUGAAACUGCUGAAGCCUUUCGGGUGAAUGGUAAGAAGCAGGUGCUGCACCCAACACAGACAUGUUUUUUUGUUUUUUUUUGUUUCUUAAUUUGUUUGCCAUUGUCAUUCCAAUUUGUUGUGUUGGAGGAGAAAAAACAAGAAGUAUUGCGAGAGAAAAAUAAUACUUGCACUAUGAUUUUUUUUUUCUGUUAUUAUUUGUUUUGAUUUACAGCAAUGCACUACAAUCUUUAGGCUAUAUCAUCUUUAUUUAUUACAAACUCUCUUGAAUCGCCAUGGUAACUGAUGCCUUGGGAAUGAAAAAUGCAAUCGUCAUACUGUUUUUUUUCUCAUGCUUUUUUUGUUCUGUGGUUUUCUUUAACUUGAAAACAAGGUUUGUACCUUCGAUAGUUAUAUAUGGAUAAAUAUAUACAUAUAUAUAUAUUAUGUCACUGUAAAAAGGAUUUUGCUUUGAA